GGCGCUAAUGAACUGUAGCAUCUCUUCAGUGAAAGUAAAAAAGUACGGGUCUACGGUUUAACAAUAACAAAAGGCUGGAAAAGUUUCUAUGCUGUCCUUCGAGUCUCUUUCCAAGUAAAACGCUAUCGAUUAACACAGCAGCUGCUCAAGUUUUUUGGAUCAUUGUUGGUUCAAAAAUAGUUAGCACGAAGGCUAACCAAAAAGCUACGACUACGUGAGUCGUUUGUAGAUAGCCUAUCAACUAACUGCUGAAUGUGAAAUGCAAACAUAUCUUUCCCUUUAUUGGCAUGCAUUAAAUUUUUAGUGUGAUAACGAGUAAGUUAAUGGGCUACGUUAGUAAUUAAGUUCAUAACUAAAACACUGGCAUCUACUUUCUAAAAAUAGAUUGCGUUAUGUAUGGCUGCGCACCAUUUUUUAGGGUUUGUUCAUCUACUGAAAAAGGGACUGUAUAAGAAUCAAGUCUGUGCAAAAAACAGCACCUUAUUUUUGGCGUCAGCUCAAGUUGUCCUAAUGACUGCACUGACAGACUUAGAACCUUUAGCAAAACGACUAAAGGUGGAAACAAGUGCUCCAUUGUCUUCUUCAUCUUCUCGUGGAGGCUCACUUUCGAGUAGUCAGAGCGUCGGUGCUGCGACUUCAGAUCAAGAAAGAAUGGAAAAUAAAACCGAGACAAAGGUGGUAAUAAGGCCAAAAACAAGUGGAGCAGGUGACUUACGAGGUGUCAAAAUGAAAGGUCGCCUUCAAAGAAUUGGUCCCAGACAGCAACAAAAGUUCAGAAAUACUCUUGAAAGAUGGUUGAUCAAGCCAAUGGAAACCUCGAGUACAGGAGAUGUGUGCCAAACCCAAAAUGAUGAAGAAAUGAUGGAUGAUGAUGGUUUUCAAAGCAUCUCAGCUCAGUCUUUAGAGUCCAAAGAAGCUGAAAUACUUUUUGUCACUGACACAGAUGAAGAAACCCAGCCAUUAACUCCAACAGACUUAGAUCAAGAUCCUCCUGUAUCACCAGCUGCCAAAGAUUCUGCAGGGAGUGAUUUUACACCAACAUUGCUUCAAAGUGAUGAUGAUUUAGAAACAACAAAAACGGACACAUGCCCAGCAACCUCCGAUGGUUCAGUCAAACUCAAUUCUAAAAUUACAGACUUCUUUUCGGGGGUGUCAUCACCAGGUUUUCCUGGGAAACGACGCAGGUCAGAAAAGUCUCCAGAGAAACAAGAUACAGAAAAGGAAACUAACCCUUCUGAAGUCAGUUGGCUCGGGACACCAAUAAGUGAGCUAAAGAGGAUGCCAGAAUGUGGUGAACCACUUCCUCCACUGAAGGAUGUUCCUGGCCAUCACACCGUGAUGAUUAGGACAGAUCUUCUUGAAAAGGAUAAAGUUCCUGUUCCAUAUCCCACUAGAUUUCAGGAUGCCUGGGAUGAUGUACAUGUCAAGAUGCCUUGUUCCAGCAGGAACUUAUUUCCUAUAGAAGAUGAGGAAACACAAGAACUGCAGAAUAAAAGUCGGUGGGAGCUGAUCAAGGAAACUUUAAACAAGACAUUUACAAAUCCACAUGAGCUGAAGAAUGCAAUGUUGAAGUACAGUGCAUCACAUGCCAAGAAAUGGGAUUUCACAGCGCUUCAUUUGUAUUGCACAAAGGUCCUGGAGCCUGAUGCUGCUGAACAUCUGUUUGAGUCCCUGCUGCCAGACAUGGUGCAAUUAGCGCUGAGAGCAUCUGAGCUCUGUACCAAGCCAAUACCCCUCCUCAAGGCAGACAUGAACCACUCCAUCACCAUGUCUCAGGAGCAGGUGGCAUGUCUGCUCGCCAACGCCUUCUUCUGCACCUUCCCCCGACGGAACUCUAGAAAGACCGAGUACUCCAACUACCCAGACAUUAACUUUUUCAGGCUUUUUGAGGGGUCCUCUGCAAAGAAGACUGAAAAGCUGAAAACCCUUAUGUGCUAUUUUAAAAGUGUUACUGAGAAAAUGCCUGCAGGUCUUGUAACAUUCACCCGAAAAAGUCUGGAUAAACCACCAAAUUGGAAAAGCUCACAGACUCCACUCACAAAGCUCCACAUUACCUGUGAAGGAACCAUUGAAGAUGAUGGUUAUGGAAUGCUUCAGGUGGAUUUUGCAAAUCGGUUUGUGGGAGGAGGUGUCACCGGGUCUGGUCUGGUUCAAGAGGAAAUACGUUUCCUUAUUAACCCCGAGCUAAUUGUUUCCCGUCUCUUCACUGAAGCACUGGAUCAUAAUGAAUGUCUGAUUAUCACAGGAACACAGCAGUACAGUAAAUACACAGGAUAUGCACAGACCUACCAGUGGGGUGGCAGUCAUUUGGACACAACUCCAAGUGAUGGCUGGCAGAGAAGAUGCACUGCAAUUGUGGCCAUCGAUGCGCUGCAGUUCAGGAACUUUCUUGAACAGUUUCACCCAGAUCGACUCAACCGAGAACUUAACAAGGCUUACUGUGGCUUUGCACGCCCUGAAGAAAAAAGUCAGAACCUUGCAGCAGUUGCGACAGGAAACUGGGGCUGUGGGGUUUUCGGAGGUGACAAACGUCUGAAAGCUCUGCUCCAGAUGCUGGCAGCUGCUGAGGCGGGCCGAGAUGUAGCCUACUUCACCUUUGGUGACAGCCAGCUCAUGACAGAUGUCCACAACAUGCACUCUUUCCUCAUUCAGAAAAACAUCAGUGUUGGAAAGGUGUAUGAUCUCUUGGGGCAGUAUUACAGCUCAGAGUGCAAGAACUGCCUUGGUCGACGCCCUGACGUCAGCCUCUAUUCCUUCAUCUACCAGCAGGUCAACUCCUCCCUGGCGCCUCAUGACUCCAACAUGGGUUCAGCCAGACAACACGCACCCACUGACUGCCAUUAAGGUUAGGUGGCUGAUGAGUCACCGUGACUUGCCUUCAAAAAAUGAACAUUAAAUGAAUUAAAUAUUUUCAGUUCCUUUUCUUUUGCUUUUUUAACAAAAUCUAUUUUCUUUUGUUCAUAUGAUGGUGGAUGUACCAGAUGUGGUUUUAACCACAGGCUGAUAAAAAUGAUAAUGAAGGUCUAGCAUGCUUACCCUUUAAAAAAGGCAGGGGGUGGUUAGUUAUGGCCGUGUCUGGCACUGUACUCCACGAUGUGUUCAUUUGGCUGUAGCUGGUAAUACUGCAGUAGAUUGAGCUUCAGUGUGACGCGAUUGUGAUUUUAAUGGUGAAGCAAAGGUUGCCAUCCAUCUUCUCAGUUUGUCAUGUUGCCUAUUUUUUACACCAACACAUAUCCAGCCUAAUUGAAUUGGCUGUCAGAAAUCAAGUUAGAGGAAAAGAGUAAUAAGAAUUGUGUGUUGGAAAGCUUGGAGCGGUCCCAGAAAAGUGGUUUGAUUUAAAGAGCAGCCUAUUUCUCAGCAAUAAUCGCUUAACUUCUGUGUUUAUUUAUUUGCAGUCAUUGAAAAUGGAUCCAUUCAGAUUACAUUGUUGUGGGUAUUUCUCUGUUUGUGAUUGCAAUUAAGAUAUUAAAAAAUUAUUGUUUGCGUCUUCCAUUAAUUUCAAUGUAAAACUGUUUUCUUUGCCUUUUUAAUUUUUAUACAACAUCACUAGAACUAAAAAUCUGAAAUAUUCUUGCCAAAUUUUGUUUUUCAAAGAAUUAAAAAACGUUACAUUAAAAAUCAACAGCACAAUUUAAAUUGAGCCACAAAUCUCAUCUCUGACUUGAUGAAUGAUGGCUCCUUGUCCCACAGAUGUUAUAGCAAAAUGACUUUCUACACAGCCUUACCAUUUAUCUGUCCCCAACUAUUGCUUCAUCCUUUCCUUCACAGUUUAAUAAGGUCACACCUUUUAUAUAAACUGCACAUGACACCUCAUUAAGUGAAGAGUAGAUCAUAGAGCAUCCAGUCAGAUCUGGGAGUCAGGUAUUGGGACUCUGUGUGAUUCGUCUGCCUGUUAUACAAAAUGCAGCUGGCUGACCAAAGUUUCAGCAGGUAGAUUUGACACAAUUUGUUUAGCUUUCAUGCAUUUCCAUUUGGGUCAUUAUUACAAUUAUGUAUUUAAACCAAUUUGUGUUAAAUAAAAGCCGAUUAACACCAUUAGCAGUCUGACAUCGAUACAGUUUUAUCCUUUAAUGGCAGCUAAAGCACGAGCUCAAGCUGUAUUUGUGUACUUCAAUGAAAUAGUUGGCGUUUUGUUUCACAUUUGACCAUCAUUUAUUCAAACGCAUAAGUUGUUAUCUUUCAAUUAAUAGAUUGGCCAGUCCACAGAGGUCUAUAUACACUAUUAUGCAAAAAUCUUGAGCUACCUCUCAUUUCUUUAUUUUGCUAGGAAAAAUUUAAAUACGGUCAGCAAUCUAUUGUGUAUAAGAAUUUCUUUUAUUUAUGUAUUUAUGAAAACGACUGCCUUUAAGUGGGAGAAUUGAGAAAGUCUGAAGCACGACGACAAAAUGAGUGAAACUAAUAGAUUAUUGAGUUUCUUGUUUCUGUUGUGUGGGGGAGGUUUUACCAUGGCACACACCUGGUUACAUGGGAAGGAACUUAGUAUCUAAUAGGACACUGGGGUUGUGUGAUGUGUGUGUGUGUGGCUGAUGGAUGAAUGUUUUGGGGAUUUAUUUUUUAGUUUAACAGUGCACUAAGAUUUUUUGUUUGGUAAUCUCUCUCA